AUGGCAAGCCUACCAAGCAUAGUUAUAGCAGUUGCAGAGAAGCAAUUACUGUUUAGCAACCACAAGAGCUUCUGCAAGGGGAUCAUGUCGACUUUGGAGGAAUUAGAAUCGCAGCAGCUGCCGGGGGACCAAGAGAUUGACCAGGACAUCCUAAAGCUUCCCACUGCUGAACUACAAACCAGGACCAAGCUGCUGGACAAUGAGAUCAGGAUAUUCCGGUCUGAACUCCAGCGUCUCUCGCACGAAAACAAUGUAAUGUUGGAGAAGAUCAAGGACAACAAAGAGAAGAUCAAGAAUAAUAAACAGCUGCCUUAUUUGGUCGCUAAUGUGGUCGAAAUCAUGGACAUGGACGAGCUUGACGAUACAAACGAGUCUACCACGCAAGGGGGGAACCUCAAUCUGGACAAUGCGGCAAAGGGAUACGCUGCGGUUGUGAAAACUUCGUCGCGACAAACCGUUUUUCUCCCCAUGGUUGGGCUAGUGGACCCUAAGCAGUUGAAGCCGAACGACCUGGUGGGUGUGAACAAGGACUCGUACCUGAUCUUGGAUACGCUUCCUUCGGAGUUUGACUCUAGAGUGAAAGCUAUGGAAGUGGAUGACAAGCCUACGGAAACAUACUCCGACGUUGGUGGGCUAGACAAGCAGAUCGAGGAACUAGUCGAAGCAAUCGUGUUACCCAUGAAGCAGGCAGACAAGUUCAAGGAUAUGGGUAUUAGGGCACCGAAAGGUGCUCUGAUGUAUGGUCCACCGGGUACCGGCAAGACGCUUCUGGCAAGAGCCUGUGCCGCUCAGACCAAUGCGACUUUUUUGAAGCUGGCCGCUCCGCAGUUGGUCCAGAUGUUCAUAGGUGAAGGUGCGAAGCUGGUCCGCGACGCCUUUGCCUUGGCGAAGGAAAAGGCACCUACCAUUAUCUUCAUCGAUGAGUUGGAUGCUAUUGGAACUAAGCGUUUUGACUCGGAGAAGUCCGGUGAUAGAGAGGUGCAGAGAACCAUGCUUGAGUUGCUAAACCAACUAGAUGGCUUUGGUUCUGACGAUAGGGUAAAAGUCUUGGCUGCUACGAAUAGAGUCGAUGUCCUUGAUCCAGCGCUUCUGCGUUCCGGUCGUUUGGAUAGGAAAAUAGAGUUCCCGCUUCCAACCGAAGAUGCUAGGGCUCAGAUCUUGCAAAUCCACUCUAGGAAAAUGACUACUGAUGAUUCUAUUAACUGGCAGGAACUUGCUAGGUCUACUGACGAAUUCAAUGGAGCACAAUUGAAAGCAGUUUCUGUUGAAGCAGGUAUGAUUGCAUUGAGGAACGGGCAGUCGGUUAUCAAGCACGAGGAUUUUGUGGAGGCAAUUGGAGAAGUCCAGGCCAGAAAGACGAAAUCUGUAUCAUUUUACGCUUAA